AUGAACCAACUUCUUAAAGGCGUCGCAGUAAUAACUGGCGCCGGAUCUGGAAUCGGAAAGGCCACAAGCAUAGCAUUUGCUCGAAACGGUGUGACGAAGCUCGCGCUCGCUGACAUUGACGAGGCGGGCUUAAAGUCGACUGAAAAGGCCGUUGCUGCUCUCAACAAGGAUGUGGAGGUUCUCCUAGUAACGAUGGAUGUCUCGAUCGAGCAAUCAGUGAUCCAAGGAAUACAACAAGUCGUCAUUCGCUUUGGCCGGAUUGAUAUCGCCGUCAACAACGCUGGCUUCGGUGGCCCGAUUGCACCAUCGGUUGACAUUUCUUCUGAAGACUUCCGCAGAGUCAUCGACACCAAUAUGAUUGGCUUGUGGAUGUGUCAACGAGAAGAGAUCAAACAACUACUCCGACAAGACGUGGUGGAAGUCCGAACUGGUGUAUGGAGUCGAGGCAUCAUUGUAAACAUGUCGUCGACCUUUGGCCUCACCGCGCCAUCUCAGUCCACACCAGCAGCGCCUUAUUGCACGAGCAAACAUGGUAUUAUAGCGAUCACUAAAAAUGAUGCAAAUACAUAUUCAAAAGACGGCAUUCGAAUCAAUGCCAUCUGUCCUGGCUACGUAAACACAGACCACAUGCGGGCGACUGUAUCCGAUUCAGAAAUCAUGCGUGCCGAAAUGGCAAAGGUGCCGAUGCGCCGCUUUGCCGAGCCUGAAGAGAUAGCAGAUGCAAUUUGUUUUUUGGCGUCUCCGAUGAGCAGUUUCAUGAGUGGUGCGAGUCUGGUUGUUGACGGAGCACUGCCCGUCGGUGCUCUAGCAGCAAUCCCGACUUUCUUCCACCCCCAAACCGAGGACCUCGACCUACCCAGUCUCCGAACCCACGUAAAGAUGCUCGCGGAAGCAGGCAUUGCAGGCCUGGUAGUUCUAGGAUCGAACGGAGAAGCACCACACCUCAGCCGCGACGAACGCGUCACCGUGACUUCGACAGUGCGCCAGACCCUACAAGACGCAGGGUUGGCUCACAUUCCAAUCAUAGUGGGCGCAUCCGACGCGUCAGUCAAAGGAACAGUCGCACUAUGUCGCGACGCCCUCCGCGCUGGCGGCGACUUCGUCCUCGUCCUUCCGCCCAGUUACUUCCGCGGCGCCAUGAGUCGGGAAACCAUCACCGACUUCUACACGCGCGUGGCGGACGAAACGCCGCUCCCGUUGCUCGUCUACAGUUUUCCCGCUGUGUCGGCCGGUAUUGAGAUGGACUCGGAUCUGAUCAUCUCGGUCUCGCGCCAUCCGAAUGUCGUCGGGGCAAAGUUCACCUGUGGCGAUACGGGCAAGUUGGCCCGGGUAGCGCGAGCCAUGGACGCGAUGACUCCCAACACCACCGACCCUGGUUCUGGGUCUGGCUACGUGUGCUACGGCGGGCUUCUGGACUUUGGUCUGAUGGCACUGGUUGCCGGCGGGUCUGGGUUUAUUGCUGGCGGAGCCAAUAUCUUGCCGCGAGCAUCCGUACGCUUGUGUGAGAAUUUUAGGGCGAAGGAGUUUGAAAAGGCCAUGGAGCUUCAGAGCAUUCUCUCGGCUAGUGAUUGGCCACACACAAGUGCCGGAAUUGCGGGGACAAAGUACAUUUUGGAAAGGGUUCAUGGAUACGGCGGAGGGCCACGUCUUCCACUUCAACGAAUGCGAGAUGAGAAAAUGCAGGACUUGUGGCGGCGCAUGGAGGAGGGAGUACGUUUGGAAGCUACGUUUACGGGUUGA